AUGAACCCCUCUCCCCCAGUCUCUCCUAAGGACGCCUUGGCCUCCAUCAGUCCAGCUGAUCCAUUAUUAGUGGGCAGCUGUGUUAAUCUGACCUGCAGCAGUACAGCCAACCCUCCUGUGACAAACUUCACCUGGUUCAAGAUCAGUGGGGGUAAAACAACACAGCUAGCAUCUGGACUGAGUUACACCCUCAAUGUGACUGUUGAUGGAGGACUGUACUACUGUGAAGCAAGAAAUAGUCACGGCUGUGGGAAGUCGAAUGAAGUGCAGCUGGCUAUAAAAGGUAAAAUGGGCACGGCAAGAAGAGUCAAAAACCUCAGGGGUUGGUGUCUGGUUUCUGGGGUUGCAGUAGGAACUCUGGGGGCCAUUUUGCUUAUCAGCCUGAUCAUUUUUUUUGUAUGGAGGAGAAACUCGAGGCUCCACGAUGGACUUGAAAGGACGGACAAUUCACAGGGACAGAAGUCCCCAGUUGGGACAGUGUGUACUAACCAGGCCACAGCCGGAGAGGAACCAGAGGAACAUGCAGAAGACCAGCCUGAAGAGAUCCAAUACGGUGACAUGGACUUCUCCAAACUACAGACCAAAGAGACCCCAGCUGCAGCCCAGGACAGGGUCCAGGGACAGGAGAGUGAGUACGCUGAAGUCAAUGUGACUGGGAGAGGGGCUCAGGAACCACCUCUUAACAACCUAGAUGGGCUUUAUGCACAAGUGAAUAAAACAGGUGGAUGUUAAGUAUUUUGCAAUUGGGUAUUAAGUGUUUUUAUGUACAGUAUUGUCAUUAUGUAUCUGUUUCUAUUGGUACUUCUGUUACAUUUAUAAUUGUGUGCUCUUUGAUUAUCUGCAUAUUUGUAGAAUUUUCUGGGAUGAAAAGUGUUUAACUGUUACUAUAGUGUUGAUAUGAUGAUGCAGGCUACUCUUUAUUUUAGACCAUUUAUUUUGACUGUUGAGUUCACAGAGCAUCUGUUUAAUGGGUUCCAGUAUAGAGGAACUGCUGAGUUCAACUAGCUCACUGAAGGCAGUUUAAGUCCAUAUAAAGUCAAUGAUGACUGAGGAGAGAAGACACAGUUAGUUGGAGAGACAGUGGUCUGAUACAAGACAGGAAGUUGGUGCAGUAAGUCGACAUGAUGGCAGAAUGGUGUUAACAUCUACUAGUCACUGUUUAUCUUCAUCUUUUGUGCAGUUGCCAGAAUAACACUUUUUUCACUUUUCAGUUUUUAUCUAUUUAGAAUAUAUAGUUUCAGUUUUUAUGUUGAGUGUUUAACAACAGAAUCAAUUGAGGUUGAAUGUAAGGUUGUUUAUUAAUUGCACUGCAAUAAAAACCUUUACAUUUAA